CGCAUAUUUUAUUCUGAAAGGUUCAGUAAACAUGGCGGAAGACACUCGGGUAUGGAAAGCAAUUUUAUCCCAUAAAUGUAUGGUCUUUAGAACUUAAAGCGUUAUACUUUGUUGUUAUCUUUCCAGGUUAUUUGCUGCAACCUUUGCAUUGCACUGCCUUUGUUUUUCCUCGUGUAUUACAUGGUGGCUUCUUUGCUAAGUGGAGCCUUCAAGUAAGCUUAAGCUUAAGUUUUAAGUGUCAGAUGAGAUGAUUCGGGACGUUCCAUUCUUAAUCCAAUCCCUCCUAUGGAUGAACGGACUACCAGUCGAGUAUGGAAAAAAUGACUGAUUCCUACUAGUCAGUCAUGGAAAAAUAACCGAUUUCUACAAGUCGAGCAUGGGCAAAAAAAACCGAUUCCUACAAUUGACGGAAUACUACACUAAAAGUCUCGUAAGGACAAAUAACCGAGUCCUACCGGCCGCGUAAAUAAUGGUGCAGAUUCCUACUGGUCACAGAAACGGAUAUGCAAACUGUUAAUCUCUAUAGUAUAUUCCUACAGGCAAGGUGAUAAGAUAUAGUGAAGAUUCCUAUCGGUCUGGGAAAGAAACAUCUGCACUGAAAUACCUCAUGCAUUGGGGGAAGGUGAGAGGGGGGGGGGGGGGUGUAGAUUAAAAACGGAACGUGCCCUCGGUCGAUGUUUAUCAAGAUAGGUUAAGUAUUUUUUUCUUCUUUAAUGUUAAUCAUUAUCUAGAACUUAUUAGCCUGCAUCACAGACGAAACUAAACUCGAGUUAAGUUACUCUGUCUUCAAAACAGUGCUGAGGAUUUGAGUACGUGCCAUGAUUGGCCUGCCAGUCAAGAUGAAAGGAAAUUUGAAAUGCGCUUCCAGUAAUUUUUGGAGUCUGUUGGGCACUCAGAACAAGGAUAUCGGUGCUGCUUUGCAGACGACACUAACUGAGGUAAAAUUACGUCUACAACACAGGCUAGACGUUAUUAGACAGUUUUGGCUUUUUGUCAAAAUUCUUUGUCAAUUCCACUGUUAAUCCUUUACCCCUCAUUGUCCUCCUGCUGGUAUAUGACCGCCUCUUAGGUUACCCCCUCUAAAAUUACUAGAAAUGAACUAAUGACUUGAACCAUAAACAAAGAAUAUUAUUUUUAAUAGACUCACCUUUGAAUUUACAACUUAUGGUGGCCCACAACUGUCACGGCAAAACCAAAAACCUCUCAGCAAAAACCAAAAUAUCACGGCAAAACCAAAAACCUCACAGCAAAAACAAAAUACCUCAUGGCAAAACCAAAAACCUCACGGCAAAAACAAAAUACCUCACAGCAAAAACAAAAACAUCACGGCAAAACCAAAUACUUCACAGCAAAAGCAAAAUAGCUUUGGUUUUGCCAUGAGUGUUUGCUUUUGCUGUGAGGUAUUUGGUUUUUGCUCUGAAGUAUUUGUUUUUGCCGUGAGGUCUUUGUUUUUGCCGUAAGGUUUUUGGUUUUGCCGUGAGGUUUUUGUUUUUGCCGUGCAGUUUUUGGUUUUGCCGUGACAGUUGUGGGCCACCGUAACAACUAGAUGUGGUAUAUGCUUUACUUUUUGUCAUUUUUUUUUUCUAAACAGAAUAAAUGACUUUGAUGGCAAGACUCCUUUUGAUUUCCAAAAUUGUUGCAGUGUAACAGAUAAUAAGCAUUUAGGUAAGCUAAGUGGUUACAUCUGACUGCUAUAGGGAUAUAGAAUGGUAAAUUUGAGACUUUGCGAGACUGCCAGACCCCGUUUUAAAAUUCAAGACCGAAACUAAAGCGUUUUUAUCAAAUUCCGAACCUGAGCCUCUGAGCACCGAAAAUUUUUAGGGUAAUGGUACAAAUAAAGGGAAAUAGGAUAACUGAAAAUGCCAGUAGAAGCCAGCGGAAGCCCACCAAUAUACUGCUUCUUUAACUGUCUUAAUCUACUAGCCCAGUUUGAUUAGGUGUACCUAUGAACUCUGAAAAGUUAGACUCCUGAAGACCAAGCAGAAAGAAAAAAACAUCAAUUCCAAGACUCUAAGACCCAUCUGUAAACAAGUUUGAGACUCUGAGAUGCAAUAUUAUUAUCAUCCCAAAGUGAGACUUUGAGACCCAUCAAAAACAUGUAGACUGUGAUUUCGAGAUCAGGCCAAAAGUUUCUGAGACCCAUGUUUUUCGAGGUACCAUUCUAUACCCCUUGCUAUGUACAGUUACAAUUUGAAUCAUGAUUGGUCUAGCUGUUGAUAAUAUGAUUUCACUUUAACCUUUUCUGUGUAUUUCUUUCUUUCUAGUAACACUUUUAUCCCUUUUGUUGACAUACAUCAUCACCACUGUGGUCUACAUAAUAUUUUUAAGAAAAAAGCUAUGGGAUUAUGCUAUAACAGUAGGCCUUUUUCAUCUUGCUGUGUCUUGCGCUGGUAGGAAUUUCUAUCAAUAUUGUACAUAUCAUUGUGGAUUUUAGUUAUUUUAAGAGUUGACUUAAACAAUGUUCUUACUAGAAACUAUAUCCUCUGACAUCUUUCACCAUUUGAUUGUUAUAAUUGAACAAAAGAUUAUGACUUGUUGUGCAAAUGUCUGUAUGAAGCAGUUUACUACAGGUAUUUUUGCAACAUUCCUUCCAUCAGUCCUUUUAGCUUUUAAUUGUAGUGCAUUGAAGACAAUCAAUUCAAAUAAUCACAUGUCUUUGGAAAAAUGUUUGACAGAUGUGAUUAAGUGAUUAUAUUGUUGUUCUCUGUGCACUAAUUUGAACCAACUAAACUGACUGAUAAAUGACUGUAUAUCACAAAAGCACUUUUAAUGUCCCAACAUAGCUGCCAUACAGAUACUUUAUUCACAAAAUUUGAGCUCAGACUUUUUAUGGGGAAAACAUUGUGGGGUAGUAUGAUGCAAUAGCACACAUGUUUACAGGCUGAAACUUGCAAGCAAUUUAUUAUUAUGGCUGUGGCAAAUUCUUUUGAGAACAAUGCAGAAUGUAGUAUGUUCUCUAAAUGUAUCUUGUCACUCUGGAUGAAAAGUUAAGUUUCACAAAAUACAUGGGUGACAAUAAUUACAGUCAAACUGGCAAAACCGUGAACACCAGAAAUAUUUCUGGAAUGUUAAUUGCAUUGCAAGAAAAAAGCCAAUCAGGUGUGAGAAAACUGAACUGCAAGCAAGAACCUUAACUAGUUUGUGGGUUUGUGGCUAGUUCGCAUGUCCUGAUCUUUGCUGUGACUGGUCAUAACACAAUGAACAUUCCUGACAUAUUUCAAGUGUUCACAGUUUUCCCGAUCGCACUGUAAUAUGUUUGACACCUGUUUAUAACGAAAAAAAUGAAAUUUCAGCUUUGUCUCACAAAAGUCAAAAUGUGAAUGCACAAUAACCUGAGACAACAGCAGCCAACAUUUUGUGCUGUGCCACUGGUUUCCCUGUGAAAUGAAAUCUGAAAAACAAGUUCAGAAAUUCGAUACUGAUGAGGUGCCUCUAUCCAGGUCUGGGUAGUGCUCCUGUUAUUUUUUUCCUGUAAAAAGGACCACAAUGGCUAACACGUGAUUCAUUUUAUGGCUGUGAAAAAGUUGAGAAAACGUUCUGGUUUUGUGAUUUAUUCAUUUUAAGACUGGCAGCAGUGAAAGGGAUACAAAGUUCUUAAUGGGUACUGGCCAUUAAUUUGUUAAUAGAGUUGUCAAAAAUGGUAUAUAAAAGGGUAAGGGGUUGGACAUCAUCGGAGCAGAGCCUCCCCAUAUAAAACUUUUUUGAGUACCCUUCCCCCCACCUCCCCCGAAUCAGAAGCACUUCCCAGAUCUGGGUAGUGAUGCAUCAUCCUUAUGGAAUUUCUGCGCUAGUUUCUUAGACAUCCUAUGGCAAGGAAACCACUGGUGGCGUCGUGAAAUGUCAGCUGUUUUCUCAGGCUAUAUAUGCAGAUGAGAUGCAACAACGUUACAAAGAAUAUUACCCAAUUUGGAAAGGGUCCAAGGAAGAUAAGAAGAUUUAUGAUUCUCAGUCAAAAUUAAUGAAGCAAUCAGUCUAUAAGGGGGUGAUUUAAAAGUAAAUACCUGAUCGAGCUCUAGCACUGACAACCCUAAUUUAUACUGAAAUUAAUAAAUCUUUAUGUUUUAUUUAUUUCAGUUAUGCAAGCAUUUCCCACCAACUGGGAGUGGUGGAUUGCAUUUUGUAAGUCCUCUUGUAUACUGGGACACAGAAAUGAGCUGCUCAAUACAAUAUAAAGUGCCAUUUUGAAAAAUAUAAUCUUUUACUUCCUAAGAAGAAGGAAAUUGGUUAAGUUGGAUAAUUGAGUCGUUCAAAGCAACAGAGGUUAAAUGAGUGUUAAGCUGGAGAAGAAAAAGAAAAUUCAGUUUUGAGUUCUGAAAAUUAUCCUCAUCUCCAUCAGACGAGUGUAACUAAGCAAUGGUUGUCUUGUCUUUUUGUUCCUUGAAAGACAGCAAGCAUUCACUCUAUAAUGGCAGACAGACAAGUAGAACUGGGCAAAAAGAGAGAUGAUUCUAAUUUUAAUAAUGUAUAUAUUUAAUUUUUUUCUCUCGUAGUGUCAUCAGUGCUUUUCAUGGCCUUGUUUGGUGAGUUAAUAAUCAGAUUCUGCUUCAACAAAAAAAGAGAUGUCAGCAUCAGUCCACAAAGGAACUUGGUUACAUGAAAAUCAAAUAAUGUUAAGCAAAAAAAUUGUCUUCAGCUUAUUUAUUUUAUAAGCAUCCUUAAAAAUAACAUAAUUUUAUAAAUGCAUCUCAGUGACCGUAUAUUUUAAACUGUAGAUGAAACAAAUAAUUUAUAUCAAUCUAAGAGGGUAAUAGUCCAGUUAAAAGACAGUCAAUCCAAGAAAGAUUGAUGAUGGGCAGGUUAGAAUAACAGAAGAUCAAAAUUUAUUAUUUUUCUUAAAGUUAUGCCAGAAAGUCAUUUUGUCUUUGCCAUUCUCUUAUGCUUAUGCCCCAUUCACACCAACUAAACAGCAAGAGACCAGGCACUGCAGUCGGGGAAAAGGUGAAAAAAUUGGCAAGGGCGAAAAAAUCAGUGAUUAAAGUGAGCCGAGUGGUAGUUUUGGGAAGGGAAAGGGUGGCAGCGUUCCCCCUCCCCAGUCCCCCUUUCCACUUGCUUUGCUCGUUGAUUUUUCUUUGCUGUUUCAUCCCUGUUUUUUGCCUUUUUUCCCAGUGUGGAGCCUGCUCCCAGGCUUGGGUUAUAACUUGUUAUGGGUAGUUAUGCGUAUAUCUCCAUUGUUUAUUGUAAAUAAUUUGUGAAAGAGACAAAGAAGUUUAUAACUGUUUUAUUAGUAGCUGAUUGAUCAUUUUUAUUAAGUUAUUUACAAAUAAAAUG